AUGGCAGAUGGUGAGUCGCUGCGGCUGACGCGUGUCGGGAGUAACAUCGUCUCAUACGGGAAGCCGAAAAGCAAAGGGUUUGCUCUCGUGUACGAGGGCGACAACAGCGCGCUUGCGCGCCGCAGCGACGGCACAGUCGCAUUCGACGUUGCGUUUGAGAGCAACAUGCUGUACGUUGAGACGACAGCGACGCGCGGGAGGCACAGUGCUGAAGAUGCGAUCAUGGAUGCGCUCGAAGAGCGUGAGAUGGAAGCUGAUGCUGACGGCGCGCACGAAGCCUCGCUGCUGCACUGGCACCAUAUACUUGGUCACCUCGCGUUCGAUUCUAUCGAGCGUAUAGCGCACGAACUAGCAUCGGGCAUCCGGAUGACCAGCAAGAAGCGCAUGGCAUGCGUUUCAUGCCUCGAAGGCAAGUAG